CCUGGGAACACGGGGGGAUCCCUGGGAAUGGGGUCAGGGCUCCCCAGGCCCCCUCCCAGCGGGGCUGUGGAAGCGGUGCCGCCGAUCCAGUCCUGCUUCUGGGGGGAAAACAUGGAAAAAGGGGAAUGUGGGGGCAGUGGGAGCAGGGAAGAGGGGGGUGUUCCCGGGGCAACGUCCCGGAAAAGUGGGAAAAUGGGCAAAACGAAGGCAAAGAGGGCUGACGGUGUCCGGGCUCCCCUCCAGCCAUGACCAUGCAGUUCAUCAGCCACCGCUUCCCCGAGGACCACGACCCCACCAUCGAGGACGCCUAUAAGAUCCGGAUCCGCAUCGACGACGAGCCCGCCAACCUGGACAUCCUGGACACGGCAGGGCAGGCGGAGUUCACGGCCAUGAGGGACCAGUACAUGCGGGCCGGGGAGGGGUUCAUCAUCUGCUACUCCAUCACCGACCGGCGCAGCUUCCACGAGGUGCGCGAGUUCCGGCAGCUCAUCUACCGCGUGCGCCGCACCGACGACACGCCCGCCGUGCUCGUGGGCAACAAAUCCGACCUGGCCCAGCUGCGCCAGGUGUCCAAGGAGGAAGGCUCUGCCCUGGCCCGGGAGUUCAACUGCCCCUUCUUUGAGACGUCGGCGGCGUUCCGGUACUACAUCGACGACGUGUUCCACGCCCUGGUGAGGGAGAUCCGCCGCAAGGAGAGGGAGGCCCUCAUGGCCAUGGAGAAGAGGUCCAAGCCCAAGAGCAGCGUGUGGAAGAGGCUCAAGUCGCCCUUCCGCAGGAAGAAGGACUCGGUCACCUGAGCCGGGGGGGGGAAAAGGAAAAUUCCUCUGGGAAGAAGCGAAGGAGAGCCCGGCGGGCGGGCCCAGGGCGGCUCAGGGACAUCCCCUGAGGGGACUCCGGCAGGGAGCGAGUGACUCUGCCCGUUGUUUCUGUUUAGGAUGAGAUUCCCUUCCUUCUGGAUCCUGGACCCCGGACACAGCGACGGUUUUCCUCCUGUCUGUUGCCAUUUUUCCCUCGCCGGUUCCCGGCGUCGCUUGGGAGCGUUCCCGGGUCAAACUGGGAGUGCUGGGAGUGCUGGGAGCUGGGCUGUGCCAGACGUGGCUGGAGCUGCCCCCAAACCGGCUGAAUUCCCUGUUUUCCUGGUCGUUUUGCACGAGCUGCUCUCCAGAACAACAACAACAACAGCCCAGAGCUCGAGGGGUGUUUGCAGCGUGGAGGUCGCUGAGCAGAGCUGGGCUGGGCUGGGCUGGGCUGGGCUGGGCUGGGCUGGGCUUCUCAGCUCCUCACUGAGCAGAUUUGGGGGUUUUUCCCGGCAAAAUUAACAUGGAAUCCUCGUGCAAGUGU